CAUCAUUAAUUAGCUUGUUAAAGGGCUGAGAGGAGCGGGAGGGGCCAGCAGGGCUCUUUCUGAAACAGCUGUGGUUGUAAUUAGGUGGAAGUGUGGUUGGCUAUUAUUUAUUCCGGUUAUGAUUACUCCGGGAUCAGCAUCCCUGAUUGGCGGCUUGUCUGGGAAGGCCCCCCUCUCUCCUAACCACCCGUCAGUCUUCGGAAUCAUUGGUGCCUGCCUGUUUGGGAGGGCCUCUGGGUGUGCCAGAGAAGUGGGUGGCUUUGUCCACUAUGGUUACCUGUGGUGGGCUUCUCAGCCUACUGGCCCCUUCGCCGCCUCCCUCGGCAAUGCCUAGGGUCCCGGCAACAGGCUCCCGAGCUGCUCAGUGGGAGGGCUGCCAUGGCAUCCACGUGGCCUGGAUGCCCCUUGCCCUUGUGGCUUGCCUGAACUGAACUGUCUCAGCGUCCAGGAAUGUAGACUUCCCUGCCAGUCUCAGCGCAGACUGGCAUGAAGCUUGGGGUGCCAAGUGGCACCAGAUUGGGUAGAUAGGCUGGGCGCAGCGGUGUGGACAGAUCGGGAGGGUGAUUGGAGAGAGCACCAGGGCUCUCCCAACGUAGCAUCUUUUGCAGGAGUCCUGCAGUGUGGCCGGGAGGAGGAGGAGUCCUGUUAGCCAGGCUCAGGAGCCUCUGCACACACCUGCCGCCGUGCACACUCUUGGUGCCCCUGGCUACGUUUCUGGCUUCCACAUACCCUCCCCUCUCCGUGUAGUCACCCUUACUGGGCAGGACUGGGCUUGUGUCUCCUGCCUGGGAAUGUGCUUGGCUGAGGCAGGGCCCACUGGCCCUAGGCUUGGCUAGAUUCCACGGAAGACCAAGGAGCAGGAAGAUAUCAGGCCAGAGGGUGCUUUGUCGGAGAGAAGGAAGGUGGUGGCUCUCCCCCGGCCACGUCAUGGCUGUAUGUUGUGCCUGGGUCAGUCGACCUUCCUCCGCUUUAACCACCCGGCUGAAGCCAAGUGGAUGAAGAGCAUGAUUCCGGCAGGGGGCCGGGCCCCCGGGCCCCCCUACAGUCCUGGCUCAGAAUCGGAAAGCCUGGUGAAUGGGAACCACGCGCCACAGCCCGCGACCCGGGGCGCCUCUGCCUGCGCCAGCCACAGUUCCCUGGUGAGCUCUAUUGAGAAGGACCUGCAGGAGAUCAUGGAUUCGCUGGUGCUAGAGGAGCCCGGAGCGGCCGGCAAGAAGCCUGCCGCGACUUCCCCACUGUCGCCAAUGGCUAAUGGUGGGCGUUACUUGCUGUCCCCGCCGACCAGCCCUGGUGCCAUGUCUGUGGGCUCCAGCUACGAGAACACCUCUCCAGCCUUCUCUCCGCUCUCCUCACCAGCCAGCAGUGGGAGCUGUGCCAGCCACUCACCCAGCGGGCAGGAGCCAGCACCUUCCGUGCCGCCGCUGGUGCCUGCCCGUUCCUCUAGCUACCACCUGGCCCUGCAGCCCCCACAGUCCCGACCGGGCGGCGCCCGCUCCUCCGAGAGCCCCCGGCUGGGCCGGAAAGGGGGUCACGAGAGGCCUCCCAGCCCCGGCCUCCGAGGUCUGCUGACGGACAGCCCCGCGGCCACUGUCUUGGCGGAGGCCCGCAGAGCCACCGAGAGCCCCCGGCUGGGUGGGCAGCUGCCCGUGGUGGCCAUCAACCUGAGUGAAUACCCAGCUUCCGGUGCCCGAAGCCAGCCCACGAGCAUUCCUGGAAGCCCCAAGUUGCAGCCUCCGGUCCCUGCUCCCCGAAACAAGAUCGGCACCCUCCAGGACCGCCCUCCCAGCCCUUUCCGUGAGCUGCCAGGCACCGAGCGGGUGCUGACAACCAGCCCCUCACGCCAGCUGGUGGGCCGAACAUUUUCAGAUGGGUCAGCCACCCGCACCCUGCAGCCUCCUGAGAGUCCCCGCCUGGGCCGGCGGGGCCUGGACAGCAUGCGGGAACUCCCUCCGUUGAGCCCGUCUCUGUCGCGACGGGCUCUCUCCCCCAUGCCCACCAGGACUACGCCAGAUCCCAAGCUAACCAGGGAAGUGGUGGAGAGUCCCCGGGCCCGGCGCUGGGCAGCCCACGGGGCGUCACCGGAGGACUUCUCCCUGACGCUGGGGGCACGGGGCCGUAGGACACGGAGCCCCUCACCCACGCUCGGGGAGUCACUGGCACCCCGCAAGGGCAGCUUCAGUGGCAGGCUGAGCCCAGCCUAUAGUCUGGGCUCUCUGACCGGGGCUUCGCCCCGCCAGAGCCCCCGUGCCCAGAGGAAGCUGUCCAGUGGGGACUUGCGGGUCCCUGUCACUCGGGAGCGGAAAAAUAGCAUCACGGAGAUCAGUGACAACGAGGACGACCUCCUGGAGUACCACCGGCGGCAGCACCAAGAACGGCUCUGGGAGCAGGAGAUGGAGAGACUGGAACGCCAGCGCCUGGAGACCAUCCUGAACCUGUGUGCUGAGUACAGCCGGGCCGACGGGGCACCCGAGGCUGGGGAGCUGCCCAGCAUCGGGGAAGCCGCCGCAGCAUUGGCGCUGGCGGGCCGGAGGCCCUCUCGAGGCCUUUCAGCGGCCACCGGAGCCUCUGGGCGGGGCACCGAGGAGCCCGGGGGUGCCACCCAGCGCCUGUGGGAGUGCGUGGACCGCUCAGAUGAGGAGAAUCUCAAGGAGGAGUGCAGCAGCACUGAGAGCACCCAGCAGGAGCAUGAAGAUGCACCCAGCGCCAAGCUCCAGGGGGAGGUGCUGGCCCUGGAAGAGGAGCGGGCUCAGGUGUUGGGGCGAGUGGAGCAGCUCAAGGUCCGUGUGAAGGAGCUCGAGCAGCAGCUGCAGGAGUCCGCCCGCGAGGCUGAAAUGGAACGAGCAUUGCUGCAGGGGGAGAGGGAGGCAGAGCGGGCGUUGCUGCAGAAGGAGCAGAAGGCCGUGGACCAGCUGCAGGAAAAGUUGGUGACCUUGGAAACCGGCAUCCAGAAGGAGAGGGACAAGGAGAGGGCGGAGCUGGCCGCGGGACGGAGGCACCUGGAGGCCCGCCAGGCGCUCUACGCCGAGCUCCAGACGCAGCUCGAUAACUGCCCCGAGUCAGUGCGGGAACAGUUACAGGAGCAGCUGAGAAGGGAGGCCGAGGCCCUGGAGACGGAGACAAAGCUGUUUGAGGACUUGGAGUUCCAGCAGCUGGAGCGGGAGAGCCGCGUGGAGGAGGAGCGUGAGCUGGCGGGCCAGGGGCUGCUCCGGAGCAAGGCCGAGCUGCUCCGGAGCAUCACCAAGAGGAAGGAGCGCCUGGCAGUCCUGGACAGUCAGGCCGGGCAGAUCCGGGCCCAGGCCGUGCAAGAGUCCGAGCGCCUGGCGCGGGACAAGAACGCCUCCCUGCAGCUGCUGCAGAAGGAGAAGGAGAAACUCACGAUGCUGGAAAGAAGGUACCACUCACUCACGGGAGGCAGGCCUUUCCCGAAGACCACGUCGACCCUCAAAGAGUACGUGACGCUUGAGCAGCUAAAGGCGAUGUGGGGCACCUCGCCCAUGCCCGCAGCCCCUGUGCCAGGCCUGCCUCUCUGGGCCCCUGCCUCCCGGGACCUGGUUCCCACCACCUGCCUUCCUCCCGUGCUGCCCUCUUCCUCCUCCUUCGCUUCCAUCACGCCUUCACCCAAGAUGGAGGAGCUGCUGCUCCCUGCUGUAGGCUUAGAGCAGUGGUACCAGGAGCUGAUGGCCGGGCUGGGGACCGGCCCCGCUACAGCCUCCCCGCGCUCCUCUCCCCCGCCUCUGCCCGCCAAAGCUUCCCGGCAGCUGCAGGUUUACCGCUCCAAGAUGGAUGGUGAGGCCACCAGCCCCCUGCCCCGGACCCGCAGCGGCCCCCUCCCCUCUUCCUCUGGGUCUUCUUCCUCCUCCUCCCAGCUCAGCGUGGCUACCCUGGGCCGUAGCCCCUCCCCAAAGAGUGUCCUCCUUGCCCAGAAUGGCACGAGCAGCCUUCCUCGCAACCUGGCGGCCACGCUGCAGGACAUUGAGACCAAGCGCCAGCUGGCCCUGCAGCAGAAGGGGCAGCAGGUGAUCGAGGAGCAGCGGCGGCGCCUGGCCGAGCUGAAGCAGAAGGCUGCGGCCGAGGCGCAGUGCCAGUGGGAUGCCCUGCACGGGGCGGCCCCCUUCCCGCCCGGCCCCUCGGGCUUCCCCCCGCUCAUGCACCACUCCAUCCUGCACCACCUGCCGGCCGGCCGAGAGCGCGGGGAGGACGGCGAGCACGCCUACGACACCCUGAGCCUGGAGAGCUCCGACAGCAUGGAGACCAGCAUCUCCACGGGCGGCACCUCGGCCUGCUCCCCGGACACCGUGUCCAGCGUGAGCGGCCUGGACGUGGGGAAGAUCGAGGAGAUGGAGAAGAUGCUGAAAGAAGCGCACGCGGAGAAGAGCCGCCUCAUGGAGUCGAGGGAGCGGGAGUUGGAGCUCCGGAGGCAGGCCCUGGAGGAGGAGCGGAGGCGGCGGGAGCAGGUGGAACGGAGGCUGCAGAGCGAGAGCGCCAGGAGGCAGCAGCUGGUGGAGAAGGAGGUCAAGAUGCGGGAGAAACAGUUCUCCCAGGCACGACCCCUGACUCGCUACCUGCCAAUCCGGAAGGAGGACUUUGAUCUGAAGACCCACAUUGAGUCGUCGGGCCACGGUGUCGAUACCUGCCUGCACGUGGUGCUCAGCAGCAAGGUCUGCCGCGGCUACUUGGUCAAGAUGGGGGGCAAGAUUAAGUCGUGGAAGAAGCGCUGGUUUGUCUUCGACCGGCUCAAGCGCACCCUUUCCUAUUAUGUGGACAAGCAUGAGACGAAGCUGAAGGGGGUCAUCUACUUCCAGGCCAUCGAGGAGGUCUACUAUGACCACCUGCGCAGUGCGGCCAAGAGCCCGAACCCAGCCCUCACCUUCUGUGUGAAGACCCAUGACCGGCUCUACUACAUGGUGGCCCCAUCUGCCGAGGCCAUGCGCAUCUGGAUGGAUGUCAUCGUGACCGGAGCUGAGGGCUACACUCAAUUCAUGAACUGACCGGUGUGGACCUCCUGGACCCUCGGGCCAGCCCACCUGCCGCUCUGCCCUGGAGACAGAGGUGCACACCGGGCCACACAGGAGUGCCCCCAGAGGCCUGGAAGGGCAGAGCGUGCCUGGGGCUGUUGUAGGUGACUUUGUACUGUUCUACGGUGUAAGGAGCUCAUCCUGUGAAUUUCUGGGCUCAGGCCCCCUGAAGAACAAGCGAGCAGAUGAAAAGUGGGGAGGCUCCCGGGAGCCCAGAAUCUGCAGUAACCUUGGAGGGCCCUGCCCCAGGCCUGAGGAGCUGUCACAAGAGGGGGCCUCAAGCUCUGACCUGGCACCUGCACUCCCCAGCCUGUGUUCUCUUUUGCAAAAGGACAAAUUAUGGUACCAGAAUCUGCCAAAGAUCCCUUCUUGCCUCAGCCCCCUUUGCGGGGGCCUUGGGGGCUGAGGAGAACCACAUCAAGAGUGGGGUAACAGCUCAGGCGGUGUACUUCUCCAGCCCUGCUCUACCCUGUUCUCCCCUGUCUUUGUUCAAGGGCCAGAGACCUCCAGUGCCAUCCUUGAGGUCCUAACCUCAUCCCCUUUUUGCAGACCCCCAACCACGAUCUCCACAGUGACUGCUUCAUCGCCAUGGUCAUACACUCGUUGCCGUGGCUCCGCCCAUGCUGCAGCCGUGGGCCCAUCCGAGGGUACAAGGGUACGUACUGCGACCUCUCCAGCCCAGGACCUUGUGCAUCUCAUGCCGGGGGAAGGGACCAAGCACCCUCUCCCUGCCCCCUAUGUCUCCAGGCCCUGGUGCACAGCCGGCCGCCCCCUAGUCCAGACCUCUCCCUUGCACUCGUGCCUUGCUUAGAGCCGGAAGGGACGAAGCUUGGACAUCCAGAGACUGGAGGAAGGAAGCAGAUGUGAGAGGCAGCUAGACUGGGUUCUACAGAACUGGCUGGGUUUCUAACAGGGACGGAGGGCCGCUCAGAUGCCCGCUGGGGGAAACCUGAGCAGGAGCCGAGGGGGAGGACCCUGGGGGCUGGCUGCCCUCCCUUCCGCCUCAGAAGGAUGACAGAAAUGGAGAGCAGAGGACCAGGCCCCCAGCUGUCUGGCCUCAGCCCUUCACGCCUUAACACUAAGCCCACAACCCUGCUCCUCUGCCCAACAUUGGGCCAUGGUUGCCCGGCCUGGGCGAUUUUCAGUAUUUGUAAGCAUCUCAACGGAACAAUAAAGCAUUUGGAGUAUGUGUUUGGGAA